AUGAUCUUCAAUAUUUUAGAGUCCCUGGACAAAUGGGAGCGGCUGACAGUGGCUGAUGCACUGGAACCUGUCCAGUUUGAAGAUGGAGAAAAAAUUGUUGUGCAGGGAGAGCCCGGUGAUGACUUCUUCAUUAUUACAGAGGGCACAGCUUCUGUUCUGCAGCGCAGGUCUGACAACGAGGAGUACGUGGAAGUGGGAAGACUUGGUCCAUCAGAUUAUUUUGGUGAGAUAGCACUGCUGCUCAAUCGGCCCCGGGCUGCUACAGUGGUGGCACGUGGACCCCUGAAGUGUGUAAAGCUGGACCGGCCCCGCUUCGAACGAGUGCUUGGUCCUUGUUCCGAAAUCCUCAAGAGAAACAUUCAGAGAUACAACAGUUUCAUUUCGCUCACCGUCUAAAUGAUUCCUUCUGGAAAGCUGCCUCUGUGUGACCUUGUGCACUUAAAUUUGCUCUGUGCAGCUCCAUAGCUUUAUGAGGAAAAAGAUUAAAAGUGUGCAUUUUACACAUAUUUUUUCUGUUCAUGUCACGUAGUGGAUGUCAGUUCAAAUCUCAUGUAUCAUGUAAGUAGGAAGACAACUGUUUGGAUAAGACUAGCUUUGGGGAAGAUUAGGCUCUUGGCUUGCAGGCAAGAUUUUUACCUAUUGUUGUAUCAUGUAGCUUAAAACUGUGUUUUUAACUAUUUAAAAUACAUAUGAAUUUCUAUUUCCUUCAUUAUCUUUAUAGUUGUUCUUAUUCACCUUUUGUCAAG